AUGAGUCUGCUGAGGCCCAGCGGGCUGAAGGCCCCCACCAAGAUCCUCAAGCAUGGGAGCUGGGCCCUGAAGGCGCCCUCGGCCGCGGCUGCUCCCGUUGAGAAGUCCGUGCCUGGAGAGAAAACACCCAGCGCCCCCUCCUCGGAGACGCAGGAGGAGUUUGUGGACGACUUCCAGGUGGGGGAACGAGUCUGGGUGAAGGGGAACAAGCCUGGAUUCAUCCAGUUCCUCGGGGAGACCCAGUUUUCCCCUGGUCAGUGGGCCGGGAUCGUCUUGGACGAGCCCAUUGGCAAGAACGACGGCUCGGUGUCGGGUGUGCGCUACUUCCAGUGCGAGCCGCUGAAGGGCAUCUUCACCCGGCCGUCCAAGCUGAGCAGGAGCUUGCAGGCCGACGAUGAGACCAACGGCCUGCAGCCAGCACCUGCUGCCCGGGCCACACCGCCCCUGUCGGCCUCUCGGGCCCCUGCCGCCGCCCCGAAGGCGCCCCAGCCCUCCACAAAGGAGGCACCGGUCGCCCCUCACAUCAGCAACCUGACCAGGACGGCCAGCGAGUCCAUCUCCAACCUCUCGGAGGCUGGCUCCCUCAAGAACGGGGAGCAGGAGCUGAAGCUCGGGGACCGGGUGCUGGUGGGAGGCGUGAAGGCCGGUGUGGUGCGCUUUCUCGGGGAGACGGACUUUGCCAAGGGGAAUUGGUGUGGCGUGGAGCUGGACAAGCCGCUGGGCAAGAACGAUGGCGCCGUGGCCGGAUCGAGGUACUUCCAGUGUCAGCCCAAGUGUGGCUUGUUUGUUCGCAUUCACAAAGUCACCAAGAUCGGCUUCCCCUCCACGACGCCGGCCAAGGCCAAGGCGGCCCCCGCGAGGCGUGUGAUGGCCACCACCCCCGCCAGCCUGAAGCGCCGCCCGUCGGCCUCCUCGCUCAGCUCCGUGAGCUCCGUGGCCUCAUCCGUGAGCAGCAGGCCCAGCCACACGGAAUUAUUGCCGGUAACUUCCUCCCGCUGCGCCCGCAAGAUCUCCGGCACCACCGCCCUCCAGGAGGCGCUGAAGGAGAAGCAGCAGCACAUUGAGCAGCUGCUGGCCAAGCGAGACCUGGAGCGGGUGGAGGUGGCCAAGGCCACGAGCCAUGUGGGGGAGAUAGAGCAGGAGCUGGCCCGCCGGGACGGGCACAACCAGUACAUCCUGGAGCUGGAGGCCAAGAUGGACGAGCUGCGGGCCAUGCUGGAAGCGAGCGACUGGGAGAAGGUGGAGCUGCUGAACCAGCUGGAGGAGGAGAAGAGGAAAGUGGAGGACCUCCAGUUCCGAGUCGAAGAGGAGUCCAUCACCAAAGGCGACCUGGGUAAAGCCCGGCAGGAGGUGAAGGCCCUGCAGGCGGCCUCCGAGAAGCUCGCCAAGGAGAACGAGGGGCUGAGAACUAAGCUGGACCAUGCCAACGAGGAGAACACGGACGUGAUCUCCCCGUGGAAGUCCAAGCUGGAGACGGCCAUCGCCCCGCACCAACAGGCCAUGGGCAAGCCGAAGGCGUCCGUGAGCCGGGGCGUGGGCGCCGAGGCGGCCGAGCUGGCCGAGCUCAAGAUGCAGAUGGAGAGGCUGCAGUUCGAGUACCAGCAGGAGGUAGAGAACUCGAAGGCCCAGCAGGUGGCUGAGCGUGCAGCGCACGCCUUUGAGCUGCAGACGCUCAGGUCGCGGCUGGUCAGGAUGGCCCAGGAGCAGAAGAACAGCCUGGAGGCCGCGCGGGCCAAGCUCGACCAGACCGAGGACCAGCACCUGGUGGAGAUGGAGGACGCCCUGAACAAGCUGCAGGAGGCGGAGACGAAGGUAAAGCACCUGGAGGGGUUGCGGGCCAUGUGUAGUCAGCAAGCCCAGGCCCUGGCCGACACCACGGCGCAGCUGGAGGCCACCCAGGAGAAGCUCUUGCAGCUCGAUGGGCUCCGGAAGGCCAGUUGAGGUAAAUUGGGAAUGGAGAAGCUCAGGCAGCAGCUCCAGGUGGCUGAGCGGCAGAUUCAGGAGUUAGAGAAUGCAAAGUGGGCCGAGAGCGGCAGGUUGGCCGAUAGCCUGGCCGAGGAGCUGCAGGGGAAGGAGCUAGCGCUUCGUAGUCUUCAGGAGAACUUGAACGAAGUCAGUCGAGUGAAGGAGGCUUUGGAGAAAGAGCUUCGGGUGGACGUGAGCCGCAGCCAGUCCCAGGCUCUGCAGGCCGAGCACGCCAAGUCCACCACGGAGAGCCAGGCGCAGCACGAGGAGGCGCUGCAGGCCCUGCAGAAGCUGCAGCUGCAGGCGGAGGAGAAGCUGCAGGCGGUGCAGGCGGAGAACGGGAGCCUGCUGCAGGAGGUGGCCGAGCUGAAGACGCAAGCCGACAAGGCCAAGUCAUUAACUUCCCUAAUAACAUCAGAGGAAAUUGAGCUGAUGUCGGAGGAUCGCAGGGCCCUGAGGUCAGAGAAUCAAUUGCUGGCGAAGGAGAAGCUCUCUCUGAAGUCAGAGAGAGAGUCGUUGCUAUUGAAGUUGAAGGAAGCGGAGGCCAAAAACUCUUCGCUGCGGGAAGAGCAGAGGAAGCUCUGGCUGUUGAACCAAGCGAUUCUCUUCGAUAAAGAGAAGGUCAUCGAGGCCAGGCGGGCCGCAGAGAAGCUCUGGCAGGAGGAGCGGCUCGGCCGAGAAGCCCUCGAGGCGGAGAAAGAGAAAGUGCUGGAAGAGGGCAGGGCGGUGCAGGAGGAGCUCCAGAGGGUGGGCGCGGAGAACGACGCCCUGCAGGUCGCCAAGGUGGGGCUGCAGGCCCUGGUGGAGGAGCUGCAGAUGAGCAAGAGCGGCCUGGUGGCCGAGUGUAAGAAGGGCCUGGAGGAGAGGGGCCAGCUGGAGGAGCAUGUCAAGAAGCUGGUUCUGGAGAACCUAUCCCUGGCCAAGGACAAGGACAACAUCAUCCAGAAGCUGCAGUGCUCCUAUGAGGAGCUGGCUCGGGAUCAGAAGUCGCUGGUGCAAGAGAUCGCGGAGCUCACGGCCGAGAAGAAGUCGGCCCUCGAGAAGCAGUCGGCCCUCGAGGUGGCGCUGCAGGAGGCCCGGGAUGCGGCCCGCAGCCUGGAGAAGACACACGCCAGCAUGCUGCAGGCCAAGGAGGCGCUUGACGCCGAGCGGCAGGAGGAGUGCCGGCGGCUGGCGGAGGACAGGCUCGCGGCACAGCAGGCCCUGGUGCAGGAGCUGGAGGCCCGUGCCCAGGAGACCCAGGCGGCCGCCCACGAGGCCAGCCAGCUGCGAGGCCGCCUGGGGCUGCUGGAGCAGGAGGUGGAGGAGCUGCGGGCGCAUGCCCAGGGGCUGCAGGCCGAGCACCUGGACCUGGUGGAGGAGAAGGCGCGGUCAGACAAGAAGGUGGCCGAGAUCCUGCGGGAGAAGGAGCAGCUGGCCGGCAGUUACUUCCUCCUCCAGAAGGAGGUCAGUCGGCUGGCCCAGACCAGCAGCCACGUCUCGGCCAACCUUCUGGAGGCCCAGAAGGGGAACCGCGGUCUGAGGAAGGACAAAAUCAGGCUCGCCGUUAAAAUCAGAGAGCUCGAGACGCUGCCGGCAUUCACGGCUGUGCAGACAGCGGAAGAUGCCAGGCAUUUUAUGGAACAACUGUCCCAAGAGAAGACAGAGACCCUGGCCUCCCUGGAGGACACCAGGAACACCAAUGCAAACUUGCAGAAUAAAGAAAAGUUCGCAGAGGCUUCAGAAGAGUCAGCCUCUGUUCAGAAAAACAGGCAAGAAUCUGUUGAUAAGUUACAUCAACAAGAAGAACAGUUUAAGGCGCUGUCUUCUGAACUGGAGAAGUUGCGAGGAAAUUGA